AUUGGUCGCUUCCUCGACCCGUGCUUGUUGUCAGGGCGUUCGGUCACCAGCUGGCUGCGGUUCUCUUUUCAACCAAAACAUCCGACCCGCAAAGACGUUCCAUUCGCACUCUUCCGUUUAUUUACCUGGCCUAAACUGAGCGAAGAGAAUAUGAAUGUUGUGAAAAACUGUAUGCACAUACAUAUGAUCUUCACCUUUGUUACAUGAUUAUUGUUCAAGCCUGAUUUGUUGCCAGUAGUGCUAGAAGAUUCUUAAGACUACUAUGUGCAAACACAAAUCAGGUGGAAUGAGCAAGCCAUCGGGGACCACAACCCAGAGUGGUGGUGGUCUUGCCGAGCGGACAUCUAGUCGCAACUGCCCGCAGGAUGGAACAACCAGCUCUCAGGUACCUGCUCCUACCUACCGCUCGCAGACGAUAGGUCCUGAUUCGGAAACCCCGACUACCUGCAGUGAUUCUUGCGACGAGAACAGCGAGACCGAGGGAUCUCUGCAAAGCUACACCAUUGCCAAUGCACUGGAGUCAGUGGAGUCGGACGAAGAGGACACCGAACAGUCCCCGAUGCUGUACUGCACAGCAUUCGACGAACCGCGACGUUUCGACCCUUAUUCGUGUGCUGCAAACUGUGAUAUCGCGAUGUAUAAUAAACUCGAUUUACAAAACGCUCUUCAGAAGCCUGUAUCUUACAUACCAGUACCAUACCGGAGUGCCGGUGCAAUGGCAUGUUCCACUUACUUCAAUGGCUGCAGAAACGAGUACGAAUUUUCCGAAUCUGCAAAAUCGAAAAGGAAGUGGCUUCUCAAUCAAAAGUGCAAGAGUGCAGACGGUGCUUGUGUUGCUUCUGUUUCGAACCCCGCUGCUGCUCAGUAUAUGAGAGAACACGCCACGAACGAUGCAUUCGAAAGACAAUGGCCCGACGAUGCAGAACCGGUGGCUGGACCAUCGGGACUGCAGAACCUGGACUGGGAAGUGGGCGAAUUCCGCGGUCGGAGUUACAGCCUCACGCCCACUAUCCACUUGGAAUCGGAAGCAUUCGAGCCCCAGACGACGGAAGUGCCCCCAAAGCCGGUCGACGAUGCGUACCGUGUGUCCAUUCCCGUUUCACCUUCAGCUGCUCAGCUCAGCAUAGCGAGCAGUUACGGAGAGAACGGGUCCCCCAUUUGCAAGAUUUGCCAUAUGACUGCCAGAGAGAAUGAUCCCCUCAUAUCCCCUUGUAGAUGUUCUGGAACAAUGCAGUACAUUCACUGCGGUUGCCUCAUGAGGUGGUUGGAAGUUUGCCAUAAACGAGGUCGCAGACCGGCAAGUUGUGAACUAUGCCAAUAUCAGUAUCACUGGCACAAGAAAUUUAAAAUUCGACACUGGCAGAUGCCGCAGUGCUCCAGAAAGGACAAGAUUCUGCAUCUCCUCUUCUUCCUGUCUGUGCUGCUGAUGAUCACAUGCGCCUCCAUCACAGUGCUCUGCUUCAAGCAGGACAAGGGCACCAAAAUGGACCCGGACCGCACCGAACUGACCCACUCCGAGAUAGUGACCCUCGUGUGCGGGGUGCUCUUCUUCUUCGCCUUCUUCGUCGCCAUGUACGUAGAAGUCAAGUCGCACAACACCCUCUACCAGCUCCUAGUCAAGUUCAUCCACAUCAACCAGCAGUGGUACAUCGACGAGUACGAGAAGAAGGAAACCUCCCCGGUGGCGGUUUGACAUUAGUGGCUCGAGAGCGGACAUUUCGGCUCUCGGAACUUUUUUGACUUUUUUUUGAGAGAUUGUAUCUCUGCAUCCCCAGGCUCAUCUGUCAUCGUUAAGAUUUCAUAUUUAUGCUAGGCUGUACAGAUCUGACAUCCACCUAUAAGUUCAGUAUUUUCUCUUACUACUUUUUAAGAAAUCUUUAUGAUAAAUAAAAAUAAAUUGU